CUUUUCUUCAGUUGGCUAUAAAAAGGCAAACUGAAGUGAAACUGAUUCUCCACUGAAAGAAUGCCAUGCUGUGUGCAGAAGCUUAUAGUGAAAAAGAUGGCUCGUCACCACCUAUGGAUCUUGCUCUUUUGCCUACAAACCUGUCUGGAAGCAUCUGGAAGCGACACAGACAUCACAGUGAAUGGGAUUCUGGGGGAGUCAGCUACUUUUCCCUUAAAUAUCCAACCAUCACAGAAAGUUGCCAGCAUUUCUUGGCAUUCCAAAACAUCUGUUGCUUUCGUAAUACCAGGAAACUUCGGAGCAGAACCCACAGUUACCAUAACCCACCAAAAUUACCGUGAACGAAUAAGUGUCUCAGGUCAGAACUAUAACCUGGAGCUCAGAAAUCUGAGGAUUGAAGACUCAGGGGUCUACAAAGCUGACAUAAAUGUAGAGACCUCUAAAACGACCACCACCAGGUCCUACAACCUUCAAGUCUAUCGUCGUCUUGGGAAGCCAAAAAUUACUCAGAGUUUCAUGACAUCUGUGAACAGCACCUGUAACGUCACACUGACGUGCUCUGUGGAUAAAGAAGAAAAGAAUGUGACAUACAACUGGAGUCCACGAGGGGAAGAGGGCAAUGUCCUUCAAAUCUUCUGGACCCCUGACAACCAAGAGGAGACUUACACGUGUACGGCAUGGAACCCCGUCAGCAACAAUUCUGACUCCAUCUCUGCCCAGCAGCUCUGUGCAGAUGUCACAAUGAGCCCCCACACUCGUCACACUGGAUUGAUGAGUGGGCUGGCUGUGCUUUCUCUGCUUAUAAUCAUUCUGCCCCCAGUGGUUUUGUUCCUUUUGUGCAAGAGAAGAGAAGGUUCCUUCUUGAAGAAAUUCAGUAAGAACCCUGAUGCUUCCUCAAAGAAAACAAUAUACACAUACAUCACAGUUUCAAGAAACACCCAGCCAGCAGAGUCCAGGAUCUAUGAUGAGAUCCCCCCAUGCAAGGUGCUCCCCACCAAGGAGGAGCCAGUGAACACAAUUUACUCCCUAAUGCAAUACUCUGAUAAGAUGGAGAAAACCAGCACUAAGGACAGCAAACCUCUCGGGACUUCAAGCUAUGAAAUUGUGAUCUAGGCUCCCAGAUGGAAUUCUCCCCAUGGAAACUGAGCUGCAACCACACAUACUGGCAGAUGAUCCAGACCUAGACUUGCUCUGCCCAGAUCUUACCCAGAGAUUACAGAUCACCAGAUUCCAACAUCUAAGCAAAGAAGGAGACACUCUGUUGCUGGGCGUAACUUGUACUGAAAUAGACAAAUGGAUCAUGCCCUUUCUAAGAUGGCUCACUUCCUAACAAAUAACAAGGCAGAUCCCUUGGAACAGUGCUUCCCAUCCUUCUUCACACUGUAGCACAUGGAGAAAAUAAUUUUUAUGAUACAAUGGAAUAAGCAAUCAAGAAUGCUCAUGGCUGGAGGCUGUAUAUGACUGGAGGGGAUGACUCUUCCCAGUAACCCCAUAUGGGGAGGAUCAAUAUUUACACACCUGUAACCUGCCAUGACACACCACUUAAGAGCCUCUGUUCACACUCAAUGUAUGGGAGAAGCCCUGGUGCAUGGCCUCACCCAGUCCCCCUGCACCUUGGGCAGGUAAGCCUCUCACUCAAGUGCAUGGCUUGAUGUAUAGAGUGUGGACUGCAUUUCAGGCUGUCUGUCCCUUUGCCUGGGAAUGCUUGUCCAGGGUGUACCUGGCUGGACCAGCCCAACCCUAUAUCACUCUGUGGCAUGGAAAGAUGUCAGAGAUGUUGGUCUCAGCUGUGCAGACACACUCUUCCAAUGGAGUGUUGGAACACGUUCUUUCUGUAGGGACUAGACUUCUGGGGCAUUUUUCUUCUGACUCCACUUCAGAAACCUCAUAAUAUUUUUUUUCUGUCUAAGUUUUUCUUCUGUAUCCCUGUGUAAUGGUUCAUUUUGUGUGUCAACUUGAUUAAACAUUAUUCAGGG